GGACAUUAUGAGUUCAAUUCGGAAGAAGCGUUGAGCCGAAAACUUAAAUAUAGAUAUUUUGAAAACCUUGGUAAUUUUCUUCCCUCUUUUCUUUUUCUAUAUUCUGAAAAAAAAAAGAAAAAAUGUCAGAGAACGCUUUUGCUCAACACGUAUUAUCUUCAAUUCGUAACGAAUUGAAUUUGUUAAAAUCACAUAACUAUAUUCAACCUGGUGCUUAUGAUGAAAUUUUAAGAUUGUUGCCUUCCAAUAUCAGCAAGGGCAACCAGUCCAAUCACGCUCAUGGCGCAAUGCCUACUAACACGGGUAUGUCCAAUGGAGGUAUGCCUGGUAUGCCUGGUAUGAAUGUAUCAUCUCCAGCCAAUGCUCCCCUUCCUCCUCCUUCUUAUAACAGCUCAGAGAACAAACUCGGUACAGCUGAAGCCUUGUACGACUACACUGGUGACAACAUGAAUACCGAUUUGAGCUUCCGUAGAGGGGACAUUAUCCAAUUAACCGAACUAGUGAACGAUGAUUGGUGGAAAGGAACACUGCACGGAAAAAACGGUAUUUUCCCUCGCUCGUAUGUUAAAAAAAUUGAGCCCGCUGUUAGUGAAAAGAAGCCUCCUCCACCUCCACAACGCGACAGUUAUCCUCCUCCUCCUCCAUCACAACAGCGUGAUAGUUACGGCUAUUCACCAGUACCACCCAAGCAGGAGUCCUAUAACUAUCCUCCUCCUCCUCAAAAUUCAAGUUACGCUGCACCUCCUUCUCAGUCAUAUGCUGCUCCUCCUCCUGCUAGUAACAAUUACGCAUCACAAUAUCCUCCUCCCCAACAACAAGUUUCAAAUUAUAGCGUCCCUCCUCCUUUAGCCAGCACAGCUUCCGCACCAGCUGUAGUUGAGUCGCAUCAUGAAGAGAGUAAAAUGUCAGGUUUUGGAAAGAAAAUUGCUGGUAAUGUAGCCAAUGCAGCUACCUGGGGCUUCGGUGCAACUAUUGGUGGUAAUGUUGCAAAUUCAAUCUUUUAAAAUAGAAUAUAUACAUUUAAAUAAAAGAGGAUA